AUGGCAGACCCAUGUGUCAACGAGGGUUUAGCCGGUGAGCUUGAGCUGCUCGCGGCCAUGUGGUCGGAGGAUGAGCUUACUGUCGAGACCUCAGGCACCAGCACGAGGAUCACAGUGGGGCUGGCUCCCAUGACAGCCGGCGACGAGGAAAAGCAGUUCCUGUGGUGCGAGUUGCAGCUCCUCGCGGGGCCCAGCUACCCGUCGGAGCCGCCCGAGCUGGCCCUGGGCAGCUCGCGCGGCCUCUCCGACGCCGGCCGCGCCGGCCUCCUUGCAGAGCUGCGCCGGCAGCGCGAGGAGCUCCUCGGCGAGCCGGCUCUGUUUGCUCUGCUGGAGGCCGGCCGCGCGGCCAUGACCAUCGGGUCCUUCUUGCGUGCCGCCGACGUCUGCUUGGGCGACCUCGCUGACGACGACGCCCAGCAGGUGCUGCGGAUGCCGUGCUACCAUCUGUUCCACAGGCAGUGUGUGAUCGAGUAUUGCAGGAGCGAGAUCUCUGCCGAGAGGGGUCGGGCGAUCGGCACUGGGGCGGACGGCCUGGAAAUAUUAUGCCCGGAGUGCCGCGCUGAUGUGCCGUGGAAGUGCUAUCCUGAAUUGCAGGCACUUGUUACAGAGAUUGAGGCACGGGCGCCCAGCGCAGCUUCGCAGGCGGUGCCUUCACGGGGUUCGGCGGACUCCCUUGAUGCGGACCUCGUCGAGGCUCGCGCCUCGGUGGGCCAUGUCCCGUGCGUGCACGCACUGGAGAAAGCAGCUGGAGAGGCCACAGCAGACGCAUCCAGCCGCCCUGAAGCAUUUGUCCGCCUCCACCACCUGCACAGAGGAGUUGACGAGAAAGAGAAGCCGCUGCUCCGCUUGUUGAAGGAGCUCGGCCUUGAUGCUGUCGUUUACUACGGUAAGCCUGCACUUCUCCACAUCCAGGGUGAUGCGAAGGAUGUUGAUGCAUUCGUUGGCACGGCCAAGCGUCGCCAUAUCACCGUGACCAUCGACGUUGCACAGCGCUCUUCCGGACCACCAAUUGGCAGCGGUGUCACCUAUGUGGAUGCAAAGAAGGGGUCGUUGAACAGCACCAUCUUCAAGGAACACCUCGACCAGCGAUGUCUCGGCGAGACGGCGUUCACAGUCAUUGGGUCCUAG